CCCUCUAAAAAAGUCACUAUGACAGGCACAGACCAAAAUUAAAAAAUCAGGAAAAAAAAAUCGAAGGAAGGAAAACAGAACCUAAAAGCUCCAAAUGGGUGUCAAAGAUCUGCUCAAGUUCAUGAAACCCUACAUUGAACCUGUUCACAUAAAAAAAUAUAAUGGCAAACGUGUGGGUAUUGAUGCUUAUAGUUGGCUACAUAAAGGAGCUUAUUCAUGUAGCAUGGAGAUUUGUUUAAAUUCAAAUAGCGAAAAGAAGUUGCGGUAUUUAGACUAUUUUAUGCACAGAAUUAAUCUACUUAGACACUACAAGAUUACACCAGUUGUUGUUUUUGAUGGUGGAAAUAUUCCCUGUAAAGCUGGAACUGAACAAGACAGAUACAGGAAAAGAAAAGCAAAUCGUGAGUUGGCAAUGGAGAAGCUCAAAGAAGGGAAUGCUAAUGCUGCUACUGAAUUUUUUCAGAGAGCAAUUAGCAUUACCCCAUUGAUGGCACAUCAACUGAUUCAGAUCUUGAGAUCGGAAAACAUAGAAUUUUUGGUAGCUCCAUACGAGGCUGAUGCACAGUUAGCACAUUUAGCUAGCCUUGAAGCAGAAAGAGGUGGUAUAGCAGCUGUUAUAACAGAGGACAGUGAUCUAUUGGCAUAUGGUUGCCAAGCUACUAUUUUUAAGAUGGAUCGGUACGGCAAUGGUGAGGAGAUAGUUUUAGACAAGGUUUUUGAUGCUGCAGCUCGCAAACCUUCAUUCCAAUGUUUUGAUAAGGAAUUGUUCAUGGGUAUGUGUGUCUUAGCUGGUUGUGAUUUCCUUCCAUCUGUUCCUGGAAUAGGGAUUUCGAAGGCUCAUUCUUAUGUGUCCAAGUAUCGGAACUUGGAUCGUGUUUUAUCAGUUUUGAAGUUGGAGAAAGGUCGACAAAUGCCUGAAGAUUAUUCAAAAUCUUUCAUAGAGGCUCUAGCAGUUUUCCAGCACGCCAGAAUAUAUGAUUCGAACAAUAAGAGACUGGAACACAUGAAGCCUGUCCCUCAAAAUUUACUGGAAUCUUUGGAAGGGAAGCUGGAUUUCCUUGGACCAGAAAUUCCUCCUUCCGUAGCAACUGCAAUUGCUGAAGGGAACUUGGAUCCAACAACCAUGGAGGCCUUUGCUUGUUUUCGAAGUCCUGGACGUCUUCCAGACCCUAUUUUCAUUCAAAAUCCUUCUCAACUUCAGAAACCCAAAGCUAAUGUUGUAUCCAUACAGAUGAACAGCUCGAUGGCCUUUCUUUCCUAUAAAUCUGAAGGAGACAGUUCAGGUAUGGUACUGAAGCAGGAGCCACUUUCCACUGAAAGUAUGUAUAUCAGCGAAGCUCUAGCACUUCAGAAACUAAUCUCGCCACCUAAAGUUAAUAUUACAGAAACAGCAAUGGUUCCCAAUGAUGUUCCACUGAAAGUUCCUAAGAACCCAUUCAGGAUUCAACAAGUUGAAGAAAUCAACUUGGACCAGAAAGAUAGCAGCACUGGACAAAUCUCAGUUGUGAUUGACCAUGAAAAGAUGAAUAUACCAUGGGCCACUCCCGAUGACAUCCAGUCAGAGGUUCAUGAUAAAAGUCCUCCCAAGAAAAGAAAACUCAACAAAGUUCACUCAGAUCAGGGAGCCAGCAUUACUGCACAAGCUUCAGUGGUAACCAAGGCAGAAAACUCAGACAACUUGUGUGUUGCCGAGUCCCAAGAAAAUGUGAAUUCCAUGCCUAAAAUGACUUCUAAUGGAAAGGGUAAAAAUGAAAAGGCAAAGAGAAGCAAGCACAUGAGUCUGGAGAACACGAAGAAUACUAUUUUGAAUUUCUUUUCUCGAGCGUAACCUUUCAAUCUCUUUGUUUAUGAUUGAUUGCCCAUUUUCUGGGUAUCUUUCAGAAGCCUUGGUUGGAUUUCAUUUUUCAUUGAAGUCCUGAAAUAGGCCAGAGAAAAAUUGGCUUUAAGAUGUGAAUUAGAGAUUAAACUGUUUAGGCGACAAGGUCAAGAGAGCUUGUCCCAUUGUUGUCCACCAAGGGCGGGGGUCUACACAUGACAUUUGCAGUUUGAGCCUGGUUGAUAAGAGCUGAAUUUGAUGUUCUGGUUGCUUAUGGAGA